CCAGUUUCUAUCUCCGCAUGUCUGACUCAGGAGCCGGCGGAGUACGGGUUCACACGGGUUUGUCGGCAGCGUCGUUCCUCCAUCUCGUCUCCCCGUCAACAGAAUGGUACUUGCGGACGUGACAUUGGCGAACAACCACCACCGUCAUCGUACCUUCACGACGAACGGUAACCCGGAAGGCAUCACGAUACGCAACUUGGUAGACGGCGAGACCUUGACUUACAGCUUGGCCCUGAUAAGGGGUCGUGCACCCGCGCUAUGCAGUUACAUUACCGUUCGGGGUCACAAGAACGUGACCUCGGAGUGGCCGAUCAUCGCCGGGCAAUUCCGUGUUCUGGUGGAUCUGGCACGCGGUCCGAACAAAAUAGAACUCGAGGCGGGCGGGCAUAAAAGAAGAUUGGUCCUGAUAUACGAACCGAGAACCACCAGGCUGCGAGUGACACCGGUCUACGUCAUCUGCGCGGGUCACGAUGGUUAUUUUCAGGGUCCACGCAACGAGGAUCGAUCACCUGAGAGCGCGGCAACGAGAAUAGGGCUCGGUGCCAGGCUUCUGCAGACCUUGACAGCCGAGAAGCUUCAAGAAGCCGGUUAUGGUAGAAAAACCUUCCAGCUGGAAAGAGACCUGGACGGCCCGGAAUGCCUGGUGAUGCACAGUAUGCUUCACGUGGACCAGGCGCGAGCGAUGAAGCAAAGAGAACUGUGGGAGUUAAUCGCACGCGAGCUGAUGACCGGUCCCUUAGCGUCCAAAGAUCGCAAAUACCUGGCAUUUUUGUCGUGCACGAGGUACCGCGGGGCGCCCAGCCCUCGCACGCACGAGGACACCUUGAUGAGAACACAGGGUCAUGCGGCCCUCGGCGGAGGUGGCCUGGCGCUCUUCGGUUCGGCGUGUCUUCACACCUGGCCUACGUGUAUGGCUCAGGUAUUAUCGAGAUUCCUGGACGCCACUGUCAUCGACACCGAGCAGCUCAUGGACGACAGUAAUUAUCGUGGCACGCACGGUGGCUGUUUGGCGACGACAUUAGGCUCCGUUCUACACGAGCUUGGUCACACCUUCGAUCUCGGCCACACACGAGAGGGAAUAAUGGGUCGAGGAUUCGAUUACGUCGACAGGGUUUUCGUGGGCGCGGCGGGAAUCGAUUUCAAUCGUAAUCCUAUUAGAAGAGACCCCCAACACACGACUGUCGCCCUCAGUCGACCACUCAGCGUUACGGUAACUGUGCAAGAAGCCGUAAUAUCAAGCCCACGAAGGGGCAGAUUACUCUCGGAAACAUCUAGACCCGCGCCGUCGUCCACUACGAGACAGUUGCCCGGAAGACUAUCAGCGCCAGCUAGUCCUGAGCUUAAUAGAUCUCUCUCUAAAAGUCUGAUCGCCUCGGAACCUCCUUCACAGCCUGAUCGGACAUUCUGGGGUCCAUCAUGCGCAGCGUUACUCGCGCACCAUCGCUGGUUUAAUAGCGAAAUGGACAAUUUUUCUAAUAGGCAUCAUCACGAGAUAGAAUACGAUGGGAAAAGGAAUGUGGUGAGAUCACGAUACGGAGUACGAGUAAUAGAGCUUAGAGAGACGUCGGGAGGGAUGGUUGUGGGUUCCCGCCAAUUUCCUGGCUUACGACCGCCUUUGGAGGCUUUAGUUCCACCACCUCCGCCCCACUGCCUCACCACUCUUACCCUCGUUGCCGAAGACUCCACCGGGAAUGUGAUCAAACAUCCUCUUCCUACUGCCUUUUAAAGGUCAGCAGAAACAAUGAUGCAUAAUUUUAUUUUCUAGUCCGGCGAAGAUUGUUACAGUUCGUAAGCAAUAUUGGCUUAAUAUACAUAUUGUAAAUUAUCUAAAGAUGUUAUAUUUUUUAUUUGUUCCUCGUUUAAAAGUUUAUUAAGUAUUUUAAUUAAAUGUGUACAGAAAUAAAGUUUCUAAUGAUGUCUCUUACGCGCUAAUUACAUUUGUUAAUAAAUCCGCAUAGAAAAACUGAGAUAUUUUUAGAUAUAUAUAUAUAUAUUACUGUAAUAAAUG